CUCUUUUAUCCGAUACUCAAUAACUACAUCCGCCGUUCACUCCUCUGCAUCACAUUUUAUCUACCUUCUUCAUAGAAAUGGUGAGCAUACCGGAGGUACCACUACGCAGCCCACCGGCCAACAACACCGGUAAUGAUAGUACCGCCUCUGCCUCCGCAAAUAAUAGUAUUCCUCUAGUUGGCUUUGGGACAGCUUCGUGGCCCUUCGGUGAAUCAGGAGAGAUUCUAAAGGAGUCCAUUUUGACGGCUAUCGAACUCGGGUACCGCCAUUUCGACACGGCCGCAGUUUACCAGUCGGAACAGUGUCUCGGUGAAGCCGUUUCACAAGCCCUUGAUCUCGGACUCGUCAAAUCUCGUGACGAGCUGUUCAUCACGUCCAAGCUAUGGUGCUCCGACGUGCACCCUUCCCGCGUCCUCCCUGCGCUACGAAAUACGCUUCAGAAACUUGGGUUGGAGUAUUUGGAUCUGUAUCUAAUUCACUUUCCAAUAAGCAUGAAGCCCGCGGCGGGCUAUGUGUUGCCUUUCAGUCAGAGUGACCUUCUUCCCAUGGAUUUCAAGUCUGUAUGGGAAGCUAUGGAGGAAUGUCAUAAACUAGGCCUCACCAAGAAUAUUGGAGUGAGCAAUUUCUCUUCCAAAAAACUUAAGCAGUUACUUCUCACAGCAAACAUUCCUCCAGCUGUCAAUCAAGUGGAGAUGAACCCACUUUGGCAGCAAAAGAAGCUGAGGAAGUUCUGUGAGGAAAAGGGCAUCCAUGUUACUGCAUACUCACCUUUAGGUGCUAAAGGAACACUUUGGGGAACCGACCAAGUCAUGGAGUGUGAGAUACUCAAAGAAAUUGCCAAGUCCAAAGGAAAGACUCUUGCACAGGUCUGCUUGAGAUGGGUGUACGAGCAAGGAGUGAGCGCACUUGUAAAGAGCUUUAACAAGGAAAGGAUGAGACAAAAUCUUGAAAUAUUGGGUUGGACACUAAACCCAGAAGAGUCUCAAAAGAUCAAUCAAAUUCCACAACAAAAGGGGUGUCGUGGACUUGAGUUCGUAUCUGAUGGUGGUCCCUACAAAUCUGUUGAGGACCUCUGGGAUGAACCCAUUGAUCUAAAUGUUACUGGGUAAUUUAUUAUCAUAGAUCGCAUCUAUUAUUCCAUGCAUUUUUAAAUAAUAGUCCACUACGAAAAGACAAGCAAUUUUUCAAAAAAGAAAAGUAAAGUACUUUUGUGUAUAAGUUAUUAAAUCUCUUGAAACCAAAUUUAAGAUCUCAAAUUUGAGACCUUUAAUUUGGUGUCAAGAAAUUAAAAAAUUAUGAAAAGUACAUAAAUUUUUAUACAAACAUUGCACGUCUUUUUCAUAGCGGACUAUCAUUUAAGAGUGGAGGAAUCAGUAAUUUUGAAUAAGUUCGAGGACUUAGCUACGAAUUCAUUGUUAUGGUUACAAGUGCAAUAAUGCUUCGAACAAUAGACUUUUGCGACUAAUGAUAUUUUGCUACGAAAGUUUCUUUGUUGCUGAA